AGUUUAUUUCGGUACUUUGCGAAAUUUGCAGUAGGAGAUCAGUACAGUGAUAGUUUUUUUGCCAUAAAGUCAAUUGAAGGGUUUUAAAACGGAGAAAAUGGCAGAAACAGAUAAUUUGAAGUUUUAUUUUGGUUCCAGACUUCUCUCUCCUCUUUCUCAAUCCAUAGGCCUACCAAUAGAUCAGAUCAACUUUGUCGUUUGCCAAUUGAUAGCUCUAGUCUUAGGUUAUCCUUUUAGGAAAAUUUUUUCACCAAAAAUCGUUUCUCCAAGGACAAGGCAUUUUAUUGAAGUAUGCAUAGGUUUAGCAAUGAUGUACUUUUGCUUUGGCUUGUAAGUUUGACUCUCUUUCUUUCAAAUUCUUUUAGCAUCAUGAAAAUGAAAAAUCUUUAAAAAUGUAUUCUUAUCUUUUAUCAUUCCAUAUUUUAAGAGAACAGAUUAACCGCUUUUUAUCACGAACUUUACUCAGUAAAUAUAAGCAUCUAAUGGAAAUGCACAAAGCUAGAAGUUUCAAUACUCAAAGUCCAUAAAUUUAGUAGAGAAUGUGUUUUUUUGCUACAAUUGAUUAUUUCUCAAAAGAGAUUGUAAAACAGUACCUCGUUUAACGCUUGCUAUGUCGUUCCAUGUGAAAAUCUAAAAUUACUAAAGUAAUCUCUUUAUCACAAAAAUCUAGUUGUUAGAAAUGAGACUUCUUUUGUAUAUACUAUCUUCUAUAAUAUAUGCAAUUUAUUUCUUGUUACAGACAAAUAUGGCAUAUUCUUUUCCAUUCUCUUAUCUCUUAUGCAAUAAUGUUGACUUUCCCUGCGGGUUCUAUGGAAAUUUUAGUUUUCCUUCUAUCAAUGGGGCACGUCUCUGUAUGCCAUAUAUAUAGACAAUUGUAUGAUUAUGGAGGCUAUACACUUGACAUAACAGGCCCUCUAAUGAUAAACGUUCAAAGAAUAUCCAGUUUGGCUUGUAGUUUGGCCGAUGGUAGAGUAAAAGAUCAAUCAAAACUUAGUUCUAGUAGAAAACAACAUGCAGUCAAAAAAAAUCCAAGUCUACUUGAGUUAUUAUCAUACGUCUUUUCCUUUCACAAUACAAUUUGUGGCCCAUUCGCCUUCUUCGAUGAUUAUCAAGCUUUCAUCGAAGGUAAUACUGCAAAGAAACUUCAGAAUGGAGAUAUGUCGAAACAAUCCAGUUCUAGCGAACCUUCACCAUUCUGGCCUGUUCUAAAGAAAAUCUUUUUCGCAUUCUUUUACGUUUUCCUUGCACUUAAAGUCGUUCCUAUUUUCCCUAUCAGUACACUUAGAGAGUCAUCUUUCCAAGAUAAGUCGUUCCUAAUUAAGAUGUUUUUAGUGAUAAUGAUUACUACUGCUCAAAGACCUAAAUAUUAUUUUGCGUGGUCAAUAGGCGAAGCUGCCAACAACAAUGCUGGCUUUGGAAUCAGUGGCUAUGACGGCAAGGGAAAUGCCAAAUGGGAUUUGGUUAAUAAUGCUGAUGUAGCUCAAAUAGAGUUUUGCACAAGCUUGAAAGUAUUACUUGACAAUUGGAAUAAAACUACAACUUAUUGGUUACGUCACGUUGUGUACGACAGAGUGCCAGCGUUUAAAAUGUUAGCCGUUUUUGCAGUCUCAGGAACAUGGCAUGGAUUUUAUCCCGGUUACUAUAUAACAUUCUUUACUGGAUUCUUAUUUACAACUGCAGGAAGAUCUAUUAGAAAAUGUAUAAGACCUAUGUUUCAAGGCUCGAAACAAUCCCAAUUCCUUUAUGAUGUUAUAACUUCAAUUUCCACCAGAGUUGUUUUAGGUUAUCUAACCUUCUCUUUUGUUUUGUUGGAAUUUGAACCAUCUUGGAUUGUUUUAAAGUAUGUAUAGCUAAUAUCUGUUAACUAUUAGAUAAUAGGAAAGAUGGGACAUGUCACUGUAAAAAAAAAGAGUACCACGUAAAAGAAAAAAGUCUGCACUAACGAUCUUUCGGACUUAGUUAUUAUUUUUAUUUAGUACGUGACUAAACAAUAAGAAAAUUUACUUUAUUCAGUGAAAAACUUAGUAGUUUCUUAUAUUCUUAUUUCAAUAUUCAUUCAACGUAAAUUUAUGUCAACUAGCACCUGUACUAUUCGUGCAAAUAUGAGCAAUUUAACCUUAUCAAUAACCUCCUUUGAACUUGAAUUAUCAUUUGAAAAAAGCCUAUUUUAUAUAACAACCAUUAUCAUACCUUUAAAGAUUAAUAGUGUUUUAUAUUCGUUUUUUUUUUUAACACAGGCAAAUUUUCUUCUGGAUGCAUGGUGCAGCAUUAUUUGCUAUUCUCGUCCUACCAAGAUUAGUGAGAAAAAAUCAAACAAAGAAGGAAUAAUUGAAUAUUCCAAUUAUCAAAAUUAAAAAGAAAUAUUGCCAUAUUAGUUUUUUAAGUUUUCUCCUUAUUUUGUUUUCCUUUUUGAUUCAUUCGUAUUGUUUUGCAUAAUUAAUAUGCAUAAUAUCAUUCAAAAUUGUCACAAAGAGCAAUA